AGCACGCCGCCCGAGCCCAUCGACACACAACUUUGGCGCGCCCAAACGUUCCAACAGAGAACUUGGCGACGGACAACAUAUAAUAUACUCUCAAUUUAACAACCUCAUUUAACUUCAAUAUAUUUAUUUCCCAACAACGACAUCCUCCAGUGAGUUGUGACUAAGUUUUUUAAGUGAAUUCUACCUUAGCAAAACAUUUUCCGCGAACUUUUAGUUACUUUCGAAGUUUUCGUCGGCGCGACAACUCUGUCGGUCGGAGAUCCGUUCCAGACUCAGUUUUUACAUUCCUAAAGCAAAUAUGAUGUGGUGGGCUCUAUGGUGUGCCGUGGUGGUGGCUGGAGGCGCUGGCGUCGCAGCAGCACCCGCACCCGACUCCCUAACUCCCCUCGACUUGGUACAAAUGGACUCAUCAGCGCCUGAUGACGAGAGCCUGUACGCGAUGUCACCGAUGGCUGCACGGUACUCCGCCGGUGCGCCCUGGCUAUACCUGCUCGCCGAUAUGCCCCGGGAUUCACAGAGGUUGGCGGACCUGCACGAGGGUCGCGCGCGGCCAAAGCGCAAGAUGCCAUCGCUUUCCAUCAACAACCCCAUGGAGGUGCUGCGGCAGCGGCUGCUACUCGAGGUGGCCCGCAAGCAGAUGCGUGAGGCCAACCAGCGACAGGCCGUCGCCAACCGACUCUUCUUGCAAAAUGUUGGCAAACGAGGAUUCUGGGCCAAUUCUGCUCCGACCCGCUACGACAACUAGAGCCUUCAGCGACUGACUCCUUUCUGUUUCCUGCGAGCUGUCGCCACUGCCUGGCUGGAAAUAAGAUAUUACGCCAACAUACUUACCGCUAUAAAACCUCCUUGGAAUCCUAAACUAUAAAUUAAAAUAAAGAAGUAAAUAAACUCCUUCUGGUCACUGAACAGACGCGCCGUGUUUUUAUUUUUGCAAAAACCGGGUGAUUUAAAAAAUAUUUUAAUGUAUUUACCUUCCAUCCGAUAUACGAUACGAAGGAAAGUGUCCACCUACGUCGUCCUUUGUCAAUUUCAUUCAUUAACUUGUCCUUUAAUCAUUAAUGUGUACAUUAAUAGCCAAAUAUACGAAAUAGGGUUUAGUUCAGCUAAUGGUAGCUAUUGGCUUGAUAAAUUCAGAUUAAUAUCGAUGUUGACACUCGAUGGUGUAUCGGAUGGUGAUGCUCUAGUGGGUGUGUGUUACCCAGCUCAACACACGCCUGUAGGUUGUCGUAAUGGCUUGUUUGUGGUGAACACAGCUGUCCCAACUCUCUAUUGUAUUUCCAUAAUAGUAUUUUUCUACGCUUGUUAAUUGUUGUUACUUAGGUCGUUACUUCAUUCAAACUUACCGAGAGCAUCUCUUCAUAGAUAGUUCUACUUUUUAUGAAUAAUUUGUGCCAAAUUGCUACUUAUAAAUAUAGUAUCGAUAGCCUCGUAGAGUACCUAUACUUUUGUAUUCGAUAUGCCUUUAACUUAUUUUUCAUACUGUCUUAUUACAUAAUGUGAACGUGAUAGACGUUUGCGGUUAGUUUCUACGUAAUUUAUAUGUACAGAGUAGUUUAAUGUACUUAUAUGUAUUUUUACGUUACAAAUUGAUCUCUCAUAGCAUAUAAAUUGUAGUAAAAAUGUAAUAGUUCAUACAUUAUAAAAUUACGUUCAAUAAAAACG